AUGCAGUUUCAAAGAGACAAUCGAAAUAGCUCUCCUGUUGAAGAUGAUGCUAUCAAAGCUGUUAUCUUGAACAUGUUUGUUUCUAGAACCGAUACAUCAUCAACAACUAUAGAGUGGACAAUGGUGGAGCUGAUAAGGAAUCCAACAACCAUGAAAACUCUGCAAAACGAAGUAAGAAAGGUUGUCGAAAGCAAGGGGAUAAUAGAAGAGGAAGACAAAAAAAUGCCUUAUCUAAAAGCAGUGAUCAAGGAGAGUCUAAGGCUGCAUUUACCCGUCCCAUUACUAAUCCCUCGAGAAUCAACUCAUGACACAAAAGUACUAGGUUACGACGUUGCAUCUGGCACGCGUGUCCUGAUCAAUGCUUGGGCAAUUGCUAGGGGUCCGUGCCUAAAGGAAAAUCCUGAAGAAUUUUAUCUAGAGAGGUUCCUUGAUACGAGCAUAGAUUACAAAGGUCUGCAUUUCGAGUUGAUCCCAUUUGGAUCUGGCAGGAGGGACUGCCCCGGGAUUACAUUUGCAGUGGCUAUUCUGUCAUCUUAA